GCCGAGGAAGAGACGUCAUAGUAAUCUUUUGACGGCGUUGCGCAAAUUGUAAUUUUCGACUCUCACUUAUCGUGGCUGCCAUGUUUUUUUUCAUGCGGGGUGUGUGUGUAUAGAAAUUAUCAUGAUAAUUUCCCCACAUAAAUUACUACGGAAGUAAGGGGUGCACGAAGUGCGUCAUUCGUUGAUCGCUAGUGACAAUGCGAUUGUACAAACUUUGUUAAACGUGACCGCUUGUACAUAACUAUAAACUAGCAAAGAAAAAGGCCAAAGACAUAAGCAUGUAUUAAGAGGAAGGCGGCAAUUUGAGGAUCGAUACUAUAACACGGCCAACGGCGAUUGAAUAAUGGACACUCGAUUUCUGAGCACGAUGAUUGAAUUUUAUGGCGAGUUAUAUUACUUUGGGCAGAAUGCGUAAAAACAAGAGAGGAAGCCAGGCCCACGCCGGCUGGCCUGCGACGUCAAAGGAACUUCACCUCAUCCCGCUCCCCAUCUGAUAUACACAGACUCAACCGAGGAUAUGCAGUGCUCAGUAAUUCUGGAAAGGGGCUGUAACAGUAAAAUGAAGACGUUAAACAGUUUUAAGAGCCCUUACACAAAGGAGUCCCGUCUUGACAACAUUGUUGAUCAACUGUGCACAAGACUUCAAGACAUCAAGGACCAAGAGAGCUCAACUCUCUUAGGAAUGCCAACUUGUUCCUUAGAGCAAACUGAGGCUGUUCGUCGAUACUACGCUGCAUUCCCGGCUCUGAAGAAAGCGCAAGAGUCGCCAUUGCAGUACUAUCUGCCGCCGCCAGCUUGGUGUCGUAAGAACGACACAAAGGUCAAAAUGCAGAGUGAAUUGGCAAUAUCGCAGGAUUGGAAUUGCAAAAAUAAAAAGUUUUCAUUGGGCAAGGAGCGGCGCAACUCAUAUCACGGUCAAAAGAAGAACAGCAGAAAGCGUUACAAUAGUUACAGCCGAUCUUUCGAGAGCAAAGAGAACAUGCCGGAGUGGAUGACGCACGAAGGAGUUUGGGACAUCGAGACGCAGGACCCCGUCAAGGAGUUCAUUCGGGCCAUCGCCUUCGACGAGGGCUACGCCACUUGCGAGAACACCGUCACCGACGAGAUCAAAGAGAUCAGCCAAGCCCAGUUUCGCUCGAACGACAACAUGGUGCCCGACUGGGACGACAGCCUAGACCUCGACGCCCACUGGGUCAUCGCCGAAGACCCGACCCCGAGGGCGAGGAGUCCGAUGGACGAGGAACUCUACGCGAAAUUCGAGGCCAAGUUCGAUCGCAGCAUCGAGGCUCUCUGGUCGAAAGAUCAAAACACUCCGGACGACGAGUAUCAAGAUCUGCCGAUCGACUUCCAAGACCUCCUGUCGUCGCCCUCCGACCGCCUGUUCGCCGAACCGUCCGCCGAGAAGAGAAGCCUGUUGACGGAGAGCAUCUGGUCCACGAACUUCCCGGUCGGCCGGCCGCCGAGGACCGAGUCUCCCUCGAAGAUAGCCGAAGGCCUGCACGAUCGCCUCCGCCCGUUGAACAUAAGGGAGCCGGAGUGCCCCCGCGAGUUGGAAUCGUUCAGUCUCUACGAGGGCGAGGAGCUCUACGACGCGCUGUCGACGGUCGCCAAGACGAUGCGCUCCUUCACCGCGAUCAACCACAGCCGCGACAACAGCGGAUUCGUCGAGGUACCCCCGCGGCCUCGCCGAGACCGUCUCGCCCCCGUCCUCCGGCCCCCACCGCCGCCCCGACCCCGGCCGCCGCCGGACGCCGACCGCGAGGAUCCGCUCACCUCGUCGCGCACGCACUUUCGCCCGAUACGCGGCGAGCCGGAGACCGAGGCGCCCCGCUACGCCGACGGCGACACCUUCGACAUCUGCGGCGACUACGACCCGGUCGAGUUCGAGCGCAGCCCGUCCGGCGGCCUCUACCUCGAGGGCACGCGCGAGCGCUACUUCGAGUACCGCAUGCCGAACGCGAUCGACUACGGCCGGCUCAACCUCACCGAGGCGCAGCGCUGCCCGGACCUGGAGGACACGAGGUUCAAACUGCGGUUCCCGGUGCGGCAGACGGAAGCGGCGGUGCAGACGGAGCGCGGGGACGCGUGGGCGUGCGACGAGUGCGGCGGCUCGGCCAAGAAGAUGAGGCCCAGCGGGAUCGAGAGCAUCUGGAGCGACGCGCGCGUGUGCGAGUGCGUCGUGGAGCCGGGACCGAGCGGCGCGUCCGUCCCGCCGGAGGAGCUGUCGCGGGACUGGGAGGAGCUGCUGUCCGACAUCAGCGCCGCGCACCGCAUGUACGCGGGCGACGCGGACGAGCCGGGCGUCGCCGAGGACAACGCGGUCGGCUCGGACCGGAAGCGACGUCACUCGGCCGCGCUGCGUUGCGGGGGAGGCGCCUCCUGCAACCACCCUCACGCUCGCUUCCUCCACUGUUGCGAACCGGCCCUGGACCGCCCGCUCACCCGGUAGGCCUCCGCCGUUUGAACGAUGACUGUAGCGAACUUCCGGUCGGCCGCACUUCGUCUGAAGGGAUCUGAAAAUGUCUUUUGUGUUUAGCGAGGUUUCGCUACAGUUCUUAUGCCAACUUGUCGAUGAACUAACUUUGAACUAAUAUCGGUCCCCGAGUCUACGACGGUAAAGAUUUUUCUAUUUUGUUUUGUUAUUAUAAAUAUACAUUACGAUAGGUUGGCAACUCAUCAUCGACAGCCGCGUUGCGAUCUAAUGGAUUCCGUUCGGCGUCAACGCCUAUACUGCGACUGUUAAUUUUUACUUACUACUUUUUACUAAUUUAAAAACAUUGAAUCAGGAAAUUAAUGAACUAAAAUAUAUAAAAAAUUAAUGGUCUCAGUAUAUCGUUGCGCCAUGCCACACCUAGUUAGGAGAAGCCACUCGGGCACAAUAUCUACGCUUAUUCGCGGAAAUGGCCUUUGGAGAAACCGCUUCACAGAUAUCGUGUCAAGGCGGCCUCUAUCGAUUAUUUCGAACAUUUCGCGUUCUAUGUAUUAAUUGCCUGCGUUGUUUUUUAUAAAUUCGACAAAUAAUCCUAGAGAUACGGAAGCGCUAGGAUAAAGAUAACGCGAUGAGCUUUAGCAGCCUUUAUAUUUGAAGAGGCGUUUAAAUGAUAGCAAUAGUCGUAGGAUAAUUAGCGUGACGUCAUGUAAUCCAAUCUCACGAGGGCGAAAGUGCUACAUAUCUUCGAUGGAGUCAUUUUGUUUUUAGUUCAAUAUUUUGUAGCGAUUUAUAUUAUUAAAACGCUCGGCGGAAUGCUUUCGCUCAAAUGAAUUUCUACUCGUAGAGGUAAGCGUAGGGUGAGCAUUUCGCGAGCUCUUCGGACGAUUUUAAUAUAAUUCUUACAAAACGUCGUCCAUUAUUUAAAUUUGUUGAAAACUGGAUUUUGUUGUUUUUGGUUCGGUGCAUUCAAAAUUGUUUCCGUUACGGCAUUGGGUAGUUUAGAAAGUCUAGUGUAAUGUUGCCAAUGCGGUUAAUUGUUGACGGUUAAAGUCCGAUGUGUCUUAAGUUAAACGCGGCGAUUUUAUUGAUUAGCCGUUUAUUUUAGGAUGGCAGGCGAAGUUUGGACCGUGUCUGCCCUAGUAGUAAUUAAAGUGUAGAGUUUUAUACGAAGGACAAUGUUCGUCGAGGUGGCGACACCUCUUGUGUGUUCCGAUCGGACGAGGACGUCGAGUGGUUAAUGAGGUCGGUCAAAUUUCCCCACAUUACGGGUAAAUUUUAUAUAACGCUUGUCCGCUGCACUCGCUGCUGCAAUUGUUGUAUAGUAUUUAUUAGGCAGUGUUGCCAGUUUGGGGAAAUUUGAUCGGCCACAGAGUGUUACAUAUUAACCAGAUGGAUGGGCAAGUUCAUAGGCGUAACAGUUAUUAUAGUUUAUGUAAUGCAUAAGAAGUGUAUGUUAUAUUUUAUAUCUUCGUUUUUGUUUAGGGAGUCGCGACCGCUGUGUCACUGUGGGUGACAUUUUAUACAGAGACCAAUCUUGGGGUGUCAGCCGAUAAGCUUGUCGCUCUGUAUAAAUACUCCUAUAUAUAUUUAUCAUAAAGAGCCUUCCUUAACAUUAUCAUCAAAAUGCAAAUUCUUACUAUUGUGUCGUGUUUAUAUAUUGUAACUAUUUACUAUUUUUUUCUGUAAUGUGGUUUACUUCUGUUUGUAAUAACUGAAAAAGAAAAAAGAACAAAAAAAUAUAUUUGCAAAUUAUUGCAUUGGAACGGCUACUGUAUAUACAUGUAUUAUGUAUAUUUAAAUAAUUGUGAAAAUAAUGUAUUAUAGAGGAUUUCAGUUGUUUAUAAAUGUUAUAUUGUUUAACUAUGUCGGUUCUGUGUUUACAGUGACAAUGUAAUCCAUCUUCGAUCAUUGGCCCCCGAGGCCCCAUUGACACUUUAAACAUUGAAUGUUAUUUUACUUUCAACUAUGACUAAAGCUAUAUUAGAACGGUUGGGUAUUUUAAACCAUACAACUAAUUAUCAUUUCGAUUCAUUUAAUCUUAUGUUUCAUCAGUUUGUCAUAGAUUCAUACUAUUGUACUUACUCCAUUAAAUAUAUUCGCUAAAACGAACCUCGGAAAAAGUUGAAAAUCUAAAAAAAAUAAUUGUUAGUCAAGUUUGCAUAUAAUAUAUUUGAUUAGCUUUAAUCUAAUGUAAUGUGCUAAACUUGAUAGUUUAAACAUCUAAAUGUUGUUUCAUAGUUAGCCUGUGAAACAACAGAGUUGGCAACGGUGCUCUCUGGGGACUCAUAACCGCCGGUGCUAACUCUAUUAUUAGCUGUUUGCAGGUCAUAGACUAAGUUAUUUGAACAGAAUCUUCAUACUGUAUAUGAAACCUAAAUAAAGUAUGAAAAUAUAUAAAAUGAGUUAACUCAGUAUAUGGCGUGCAAGAGCUCAAUCAUUGAAAUGAAUGGCCUUAUAUGCUAGUAUCAAUGAUUAUGUACUGUCAGAUUACUUAAUCAAUUGUGGCGGAAGGUAUUGGUUCGAGUGAUUUGAUGGUAAAUCCGUUGUCCCCAAAUAGACCACCUAAUAUCGAGUGGUAUUCGAGCUUUGUCGAUAUGUAUUGGUAAUGGCAAUUUCACGAUCGAAUAAUUAACAUUGAGUAGAGAGCAAUCUAAUUUCGGACACGUCGCUAAUCAGCACACGUAAAAUAAAAAAUACAAAAAAAAGGUUUGCAUGUAGUAAAACAUUUUAUCCUGCAAUGCUCUCGUCUCAAGAACAAGUCGGCUUGUAACCGAUUGCUGUCUCGCCUUGGUUACAUGCAUAUUUGUUGCAUAUCAAUAUAUUAAUUUCUUUCCUUUCUAAAUAUCAAAUAAUAAUAAAACACUGUACGAGUGGUGCCGUUUUUAGUAAUUUUCAGUAAAUGUAUUGCAAAUAAAAGAAUACCACCGAUAAAGAAUUGCUAAUUAAAAUUGACUAUGAGAUUAUAGACUAAGCAAGACCUUAUCUUAACUCGAUUUCUGAAAAAAUUAACUAGUGGUCACUACUUUUACAGUGGUUAACUCAAAAAAGUAUUUUUAUACCGGGGUAUGAGCAUCAGGGGAUUUCACGUUUUAUUAUUUGGUGCCAAAAUUAAAUUCAGGGUUUUCAAACAUUUUUAAUAAAUACUCCACUUCGACUUACCUUCUCAAUAAAAUUUGUACACAAAUAUGCACGUUACUCGAUUGGCACCUAUCAUUAUUGUUUAAUGCAUGUAGUUUCAUACUUUAGUGUAGAUCGAUUAUUAUAAAAAUAUUUCUAAACGAUAUUUAACAUGCUUAGAAGUGGUUAUCCCUGAAAAUAGUUACCAUUUUCGUUAUGUUAGGUUGUGCUCACUACUCUGGUUCUUGCCAUCAAUGGGAAGAAAAUAAAAAUUAAACUAAUC